UUCACAAAGAGCACUACUUUUGAUCACUUUCAAGGAAUUUCAGGAAAGGAUUAAAGCGUGAUUGAUCAUGGGAAGUGCAGUAUACGGAAGAUCGGCUAUGAAUUGCUAUUGUGUGGUUUUCCUUUUCGUGGCCUUGCAUUUUGCCCAUGGAGACGUGAGCUACACUAUCGCCGAGGAGAUGAAAGGCGGAUUUGUGAUAGGGAAUAUCGCCAAAGAUCUGGGUCUUGGGAUUGCGACUCUUUCCUCGCGUAAAGCCCGCAUUGACACAGACAGGGACGAUAAAAGGUAUUGUGAUAUUAAUCUGAGCACCGGAGAUUUGACUGUCAGUGACAGGAUCGACAGGGAAAGUCUUUGUGGUAAAAAAGCCAGCUGCGUUUUAAAAGAGGAGCUUGUGCUGGAAAACCCUUUAGAGCUUCAUCGCAUCAGUAUUCAUGUGCAAGAUAUAAAUGAUAACGCGCCAGAGUUUAGUGAGGAUCUGAUUUCAUUUGAAAUAACAGAAUCGGCAGACAAAGGAGCGAGAUUUUUACUUACGGAAGCCCGCGAUGCCGACAUAGGCACAAAUGCUGUGCAACGUUACAAUUUACAAAACAAUGAGCAUUUCACCAUUAAUGUAAAUACAGAUGUUAGUGGGAGGAAACAUUCCGAAUUGGUUUUGUUAAAAGAACUAGACCGAGAAAAAGCGAAAGAGCUGAAAUUAGUGCUUACAGCUGUAGAUGGUGGGUCUCCUCAGAGAUCAGGUACUGCAAUUAUUCACAUCACUGUGCUGGAUGCUAAUGAUAACGCCCCAGUGUUCAGCCAGGCCGUUUAUGAAGCCAGUGUGCCUGAAAACUCUCUUUUAGAUACCGUAGUGGUUAAAGUGAGCGCAACCGAUGCAGACACUGGCCCAAAUGGUGACAUUACAUAUAACUUCGAUCAUGUCUCUGAUGAGCAUGUAUCUUUGUUUUCACUUAAUCAUAAGACGGGAGAGAUAAAAGUUAUCGGGUCACUUGAUUACGAAACGGAGACUUCAAUAGAGUUGCGAGUAAGAGCAAAGGACGGACCGGGUCUUACCUCUUAUUGUACAGUAAUUAUAGAUAUAACUGAUGUCAAUGACAACCCACCCGCCAUCAAUAUGAAAUCACUAACUAACCCCAUACCCGAGAACGCCCCACCUGGUACAGAGGUGGGCAUCAUUAACGUGCAGGACAGAGAUUCUGAGAAUAACCGACAAGUCCGCUGCUCCAUCCAGCAGGGUGUCCCCUUUAAGUUGGUUCCUUCUAUUAAAAACUAUUAUUCUCUGGUCACCACAGGACAACUAGACCGUGAACUAGUGCCUGAUUACAACAUUACAAUCACUGCCACUGACGAGGGCUCUCCACCUCUGUCCUCCUCUAAAACUGUUCAGUUAUCUGUAGGUGACAUCAACGACAACCCACCUGUGUUUGAGGAACAGUCGUACAGCGCAUAUGUGAGUGAGAAUAACAAGCCUGGCUCCACUUUGUGCUCCGUUAGUGCUCGAGACCCCGACUGGAGACAGAACGGUACAGUGGUUUAUUCUCUGUUAGCUGGUGAGGUGAAAGGCGCACCGGUGUCCUCCUAUCUGUCUGUGAACGGAGACACGGGUGUGAUCCACGCUGUGAGGUCGUUUGAUUAUGAACAGUUCAGGAGUUUUAAAGUCCACGUGAUGGCCAGAGACAACGGCUCUCCUCCUCUCAGCAGCAACGUGACCGUGAGUGUGUUCAUCUCAGAUGUGAAUGACAACUCUCCUCAGAUCCUGUACCCCUCCCCGGAGGGCAACUCCUUCAUGACCGAGCUGGUCCCCAAAGCUGCACACGGAGGCUCUCUGGUGUCCAAAGUGAUUGCAGUGGACGCGGACUCCGGACAGAACGCCUGGCUGUCCUAUCAUAUAGUCAAAUCCACUGAUCCGGGACUUUUUACUAUUGGUGUCCACAGCGGAGAGAUCAGGACACAGCGGGACAUUUCUGAAUCUGACAGCAUGAAACAGAACCUUGUAGUGGCAGUGAAAGAUAACGGACAGCCCUCUCUGUCUGCCACCUGUUCCAUGUAUUUACUUAUUUCUGAUAAUUUGGCUGAGGCGCCAGAACUGAAGGAUCUCUCUUAUAGUGACAGCAAUUCCAAACUGACAUCUUAUCUGAUCAUCGCGCUGGUGUCUGUGUCCACGUUUUUUCUGACUUUCAUCAUCAUCAUCCUGGGAUUGAGGUUUUGUCGCAGGAGAAAGCCCAGACUGUUGUUUGAUGGAGCAGUGGCCAUCCCCAGCGGUUAUCUCCCUCCUAAUUACGCAGAUGUUGAUGGCACAGGAACUUUACGCAGCACUUACAAUUACGAUGCGUACCUGACCACGGGUUCUAGAACCAGUGACUUUAAGUUUGUGGCAUCAUACAAUGACAACACGCUGCCCGCUGAUCAGACUCUGAAGAAAAGUCCAUCAGAGUUUGCUGAUGUGUUUGGAGAUUGUGGUGGUUCUCCUGAGGGGUACCAGUAA